AUAUAUAUAUAUAUAUAUAUAUAUAUAUAUAUAUAUAUAUAUAGUGAUAUAUAUAUACACACACACGCACAAAUAUGUCAGGAACAACUGGAAAAAUAUUACAUGAAAAAUAUUAAAAUAUUACAGAAACAAAGAAGAAAUGCAAAAACAGAAUUAAAUAUAAAAUAAAAAAUAAAAGAAUAUUGGACAAAAGAAAUACAAAAACCAGUUGAAAUGUUGGUAAAUAGAAAGAUACAAAAAUAUUACAUGAAAAAUACAACAAAAUAGAAAAUAAUGCAAAAACUGACAAAAUUACAACAAUUAAUGAAACAUAAAAGACUGAGACAAAAGUACAAAAAUAUUACAUAAAACAUACAAAAAAGCAUAUAAUAUUAGAUAAAACAGAAAUAAAAUACAAAACUAUUCCAGUAGAUGCAACACAAGUUCAGGGAAAGGAGAAAAACAAUAUUAGAUUUAAAAAAAAAAGAUUUGAAGAAAAAUACCAAAAUAUAAAACAACAGUACAAAAAUGUAAUAUCAAAAUGAAAAAUAAAUAGUUGAAAAAAAUGCAUAAAAAAUAUAUGAACAAUACAAAAAUAGAGCAAAAAAAAAAAAAAAAUAUUAGAGUAAAAUAAAAUAUUACUCUCACCUUCCUGGAAGCUAUGCAAAUUAUUAGUUCCUAUCAGUCUGCCUCUAUUCUUGACUUUUCUUUGCAUAUCUCCUUAAACGGGACAUAUUUUGCCAAACCACAUUUUUCUAGUAUUUGGGAUGUAAUGUUGUCUCUAUGGUGCCUCAGUAAACGUGUGAAAUAUGAAUUAAAAUCGUCGACGCAUUCUGGCGUCCAAGAUGUUUUUCUGCUGAGAGGCCUGAAAACAGGUCAUUCGAACUUCUCGAGCUUAUCUAUGUCACUAGCGAAGAUCUCCGCCUUUCCUUCUGCUCCCGAGCCAGUGCUGAAAACAUAACAAACGUGUGUUCUCACAAGUGGCUGUUCUACACGGAGGCAACCAAUCAGAGGAAAGGGGGCGGUCUUAGCCAAAUAUGGACAAAGUGGAUACAAAACUGGGUCAAACAGAAGUAGCUGUCAGAGGGGCCUUUUCUGGACACUCGUAUGACAAAACCUAGGUGUUGAAAUGAAAUUGACACUUUUAUAAUAAGUCAAUGUUAUAGAGUCACUCUAUGGAGGUCUAAAUAGCCAAAAUACGGGACUUUUAAUCGUCAUUGUUAUUUUGCUUUAAACUCCACUUUCAAUUGACAAAUACAGAGCCCUUCCCACUUAAUGAAUGCCCCCUCUCUACAGUUGACAUUCCAUCAUGACGUCCUGACGCCAGCCCACGCUUGCGUCUGCCGGUCACAAUGAGCGUCGUGACUCUGGGCCUUGUGCUCGUGGCCGUGUUCUUUCUGGCGCUCGGCCUCCUCCAUCGCUAUGGCGACUUGAGGAAGCAGCAACGUAUGGUCCUGCUGGGGACGCUGGCGUCCUGGUACCUCUGUUUCCUCAUCGUCUUCAUCCUGCCGCUGGACGUCAGUACGACCAUCUACAAGCAGUGUCUGUUGGAUAAUGCACGUCAUCCUACCCCUGUGACUCUGACAACGUCGACAAGAAGCUCUAAUAGGACAGGAAACAGCUCUACUCUUGAUCCGACUGAGCGUGAAGCAAGUGUGUGUGAAAAGCCAUGGAGUUACAUACCAGACAGUGUUCUACCUGUCUUCUGGAGAGUUGUGUAUUGGACGUCUCAGUUUCUCACAUGGUUGCUGCUGCCCUUCAUGCAGUCGUACGCGCGAUCGGGAGCGUUCUCCCGAGUGGGAAAGUUGAAAGCUGCCCUUGUUGAGAAUGCCAUCUACUACGGCACCUACCUCCUCAUCUUCAUCUUUCUGCUCAUCUAUGUCGCCGCGCACCCACAGUGGCGACUCACGUGGACUGAGUUUCAGACCAUCAGCAUCACGGCCGCCAACACGUGGGGCCUCUUCCUCCUGGUGCUGUUGCUGGGCUACGGCCUGGUGGAAAUCCCACGUUCCUAUUGGCUGUCAUCCUGCCACGCCCACUUGCUGGCCAAAACCUACUUCAAGGUUGCAAAGAUGGCCAGCGAGAAAGUGGCGGCGGAGGAGAACUUGGCCGAUGCCAUGGAGGAGGUGUCAGUCGUCAACGCGUCAGUCAAGUAUAGCCACUCGCUCAGGAAGUGUGUGGACACCAUUUUGACAAAAUGUCCCAUAGAGUACCAGGAGGAGAUGGGCGAAGAAGUGGAACAUCCCUGUGAAGAUCGGCUGGUCCUUCCAACCAAAAGAAGCCUCGUCCAGCUUCAUAAAAAAGUGAUCUCUGCCAUGCAGCGGUGCAGUCAGACUCGAGUUCAGUGGUCCAUGUUGCUGGAGAGGGUUUUCCAUCUCGAAGAUGUCGCUAAGAGCCGCAGCAGCCCGACGUACCGCUUUGUGCGCAGCUUCGCAACGACAGAGCGUGACAGCUGCGUCCGGAAAUUUCUCUACACUCCUAAAGUAGAGUGGUACUGGGAAUGCGUGUUCCUUCAGGUGUUCUAUAAGCUGCUGGCACUGCUGCUGUUUUUGCUCUCCGUGGUGGUGGUGUGGUCAGAGUGCACCUUCUUCAGCAGGCAUCCGGUCCUCUCCCUCUUCGCCAUUGUUGUCCGCGUGACUGAACAGCAGCGCUACUACAUUUGUACUGAGGUGGUGUGCUUCGUCACCAUCCUCUUCCUGUGCGUGUGCGUCUACUCCACUGUGUUCCAGAUCCGCGUGUUCAACUUUUACUGCCUGGCGCCUCAUCACCAGACGGACGCCUACAGCCUGCAGUUCAGCGGCAUGUUAUUUUGUCGCCUGACUCCUCCGCUGUGCCUCAACUUCCUGGGUCUGAUCCACAUGGAUCCCGCUGUGUCUCCCCAGGACCGAAUACACACGUCCUAUACGUCUAUAAUGGGCUCCAUGCAUCUGCUGUCGUUCAUAUCCAAUGGCUUCUACAUCUACUACCCCGUUUUGGUAUUGCUGCUCUGCUUUGCCACCCUAUAUAACCUGGGUUCUCGCUGUUUGAACCUGCUGGGCGUCCAUCAGUACGUUGCCGAUGACGACCUGAGCUCGGAUCUGGUGGACGAGGGCAAGGAGCUCGUCAGGAGAGAAAGAAGAAAACGACAGAAAAGUGAGAAUGCAGCAAAUGCAAGCUUGUCGUGGAGAGAGCGAUAUGGAGGAGUCCACGGGGCUUCAGGGGGGAGCAGAACUGGUUACGUUGAAAUCAAAGAUGACCAGGAAACUCAAACCAAGAAAAGCAUUAUAGGCUUCGCUUGGCGAAACACGGAUGAGCAGCAGAGGAGUUUACUGCACAGCAAUGACGAUGGAUGACGACCCAACAAGAUGCUUGUUUAACACUGCAUGUUCUUGUUGUCCGACUUCAUCUGUGUACUAUUUUUGCAUAGGGAAAUCCACCAUUUGACGUUACCAAUUUUAAAACCACAAUCUUUGGUGAUAUUUGACAUACAUUUGGCAUAAGAGGAAGGAAGUAGUUAGGUCUUGAUGGAAGUAGGAAGGUCUUGAUGGAAUUACUCAGGAAAAAUCAGAAAACCACGUCAGAGUCCAAGAAGUGGGAACAAUUAAUUGCCAAGAGCAUUACUGCCACCCAUUCUGACAUUUCCCAUUAUGCACCUCUUGAAACUGUGAACAUGCAUGCAUGAUGUGCGUGAAGUGUCAGUUUUGUACAAAUGUUCCUUUUUAUGAGGACUUUUUUUGAUAAAUUAUUAAAGUGUACAUGUAACAGUCAUAA